UUCAAUUUCUUCGAAUACGAUACUUAAAAUGGCGAUGGUGGCAAGUUCUGGAACCACUGCCAGUGGACCCACAGUCAACCCCAUUAUUGAUGUAGUAUUUACUGUGCUGAUUUUUGGACCAGUGUUUGUUGCUGGUCGAAGUAGUCCACCAACAGUUGAUGACCUGACGAACAAGAUUUGUCCGUCUAAGACACCCAGACUCUGUGUGCCAUUCGGAGUAUGCUGUAGGUUGGAUCAGUACUGUGACAGAAAGCGAACUCGAGAUUGCAAGUCUUGCUUUCCAUUUUCAUAUGAGGAGAGACAAAAUGAGACAAAGCUACGUGAAUGGUGCAGGUUUGAGGGACAAGGGAACGUCUCUCGUAUGGAAAACCUGGAGUGCCUUGGUGCUUGUCUGCACAGGUUUGGAAUUCAGAAAGAUCCCAUAGAAGAGGAUUGCUCUGAAGAUCGUCCUCUGUUCUGUUCUUCUACGUGCUGCGCAAAAGAUGAAUAUUGCGACUGGCCCAAAAGGAGCUGUGAGCCGUGUAUUCCUGAGAGUCUGUCAACUGAUUCUGUCAAAGAAUGGUGUGCCAAGGAGUCGAUCAGAAACCACAUAUCAUGUGCUGCUGCCUGCAAGACCAACGGUGCUUGUGACAGUGGGGACAAACAAGAGGAGACUGACAUCGGUCAAGGUUGGAUGAUUGCUUGCACUGUUCUCAUUAUUGUUUUCCUCAUGCUACUGAUAUAUUUGGUGUUCAAGUCCUGUCGAGUUUUCGGGAAAACUCGAUUUUACCGUCGUGCAAAGACAGCUGCUAACUGACAACUGCUAUGACCCUAAGGAAGAAAGGAACAUCCAACACCACACUGAGGUUGAUAUGACAAUGAGCGAGCCAGCAAGUGGAAACACGGACGUUGUGUGUGGUGUGUAAGGAUUGGAGCGAGGACCGAGGUUCCCAUGCUGAGCCAGACGGUGUGGCUUGUCUGGGAGGGUGCGGAGGGGAAGGAUUCAAGGAUUUUUUUUUUCUUUUUGUUCUUUUUAUGAUUGUUGAAGAUUUUGAAUUACACUGCAACUGCAAGUGCUAUUGAGACAGUGUGAUAAUCUGUAGGAUCUAUUUUCUGUAUGUUUUUUAAUAAAUGUGCCAUCGCCAUCAGCAGAUUAGUCUUCCCACGGACAGUCAGUGAUGUUAUAACUUACUUAUUACCCAGACCAACAAUAGUAAAGUGGUCUUUGUCUAGGAACUCAAUUGUUAAGCGACACAAAAAUGGGUUCUAAUGCAGGAACUCUUAUGUCGAGGUCAGCGAGAUUCAUAAAGUCCGUAAUGUGUUGACGUGACGUUCCCCACCGAGCAUUUUUAAGAGCAGUAGACGACUUGCACAGAUAGCAGUCGCACCGUAGAGUUCAUGUCAGCUUCUGCCUCAGAUCACACCUCAUGUUGUUAUAUUCCUUCAAAACUGGUUAAAGUUAAAGACUGACCUGGUUAAUUCAUAAUUAAUGCUUUUCCAUUUUGUGCUGUUUUAGACCUGUAUCAAAGAUGGCAGCUCUUCCUGUGCCUCCCGCGUAAGGUGAUCUAUUUUUUACAAUGUUUGUACUUAUCAUGUAAAUUGUACUCAGUGGUAGUGUUCACUGACAAGUUUGCCGAAAGUAUUGUUCAACAUUCUCACAGAGUCUAGCGCACACAUAGCCAAAUCAGCAGGGUAUGGAAAUAUUUUUGUUACAUACAAAUUCCGCCAUGUCCGUGUUUUAAGUGAAAAGAACAUACAAUGUAGGAAAAAAAUUUGGAACCUGAAAAUCUGUUUGUUAUGUGUGUGUGCUGGACUGCAGUCGUCUUUCACGACGCCAGUGAAUGGGAAGCUCAAUUUCUGACUUGUUCAGGCUGGGACACAGGCGGCCGACGAAAGCUCUCAUCAAAUCCCGAUCCUGAGCCAGUUUCCCCAGUUGUCCCCAAGUAUGCCUCAAUUUCCCUUUGUCCUCUGCCCCUCUCAAGGCCAUUUGUUCUUUGGUUGGCCUUGCUUUCUUUUGUCUUGCGGAUUCCAGCCUAGGGCUUGCCUUGUGAUGCUGACUGUUGGCUUUCUCAUCCUGUGACUGAUCCAUCUCCACCGUAUUGUACUUAAAUCUGAGCUUUGCACAAAAUCUUUAAUUUUACAUAGUGAUAUCUUGCGGAUGCAGCAGGAAAAACUUUUCUCUGUACUACUUCACUGUCCGCGGUGAGCCAAGAAAUUCAAACUCUCUUUCUUUGCUUGCAACAAUUGUGACAUUUUGGUCUUGUACGAUGCUUUAUCAAACUUUUCUCUGCCAAAACUGAUCUCAGUGGCCAUACCAGAAGCCAGAGGCCAUGUUAAUUUUUAAUUCUGCUAUUUUGCUAGAGAAAUAUUCUCCUCUGCUGAUGCAUUGGUCAUUGCCAGAUAUUGAUACUUAUUAUUACAAAAUUUUACGAGACUUUUCUUGUGUUGUUGUGAUAUGUCUUUUUGAGCUGCUGUAAAUUUUCUUUCGUCCUCUAUGCAAAGUUGUGAAGUAUUUAUUUAAUAUUAAGUGAAGCAUUCCUUCCUUUAGCAAUUUUACAGUCUGUGUCAGUGAUGUCAAAACAAAAUGCUACAACGAAACUAUGUUUACACUUGAGCAAGUUUUCUUGUUUUUAAAGAGAGCCAUAAAUUUUUUAGGAACAUUUUAUUGUAAAUUCAUUUGUAUUUUGUACAUUUCCCUUGAGUGACUUAGGAGUUAAUUGUGUUUCCUCUCUGACAUUUUUUAAUGAAAUGUUGGUGCAAAAAGUGUAGUUUGUUUGGAAUUUUAUUCUGUAUGUUCUCAUAGUUCUCUAUGUACUACAACCCACAUCCAAUGAAUGCCUACAAGUCUUAAUAUGUGAUGUCAAUAUGGA